AUGCUUCUAUUAGCGGCACUUGCACUCGCAACCGUUUCGGCUGGUACAGAUGUCUCUGUCUGUCGAGAUGCCACCUAUACGCUUCCAGUCUCUCGAGGUGCCAUUUGCUCUGGUUCGGGCUCAGCUCCCGCAGGAAGUGCUUGUCCACUUAAGGGUGACGUUGCUACUGCCGACUGCUACUCAUAUUUGCCAUCCUACAACGGAUCUCAGUGCAUUGUAAAAGAAGACGGUGUAUGUACCUAUGUCAAUGGUUACGUUUGGGGUUGCGUUUUUCCAUCUGUAGGUUGUACUCAAUCCGACAUGAUGAACAAGGCUCUACCAAACACUUCAGUCACAACUACGCCAGGCGCUAUGCCAAAUAAAGCUACCGGCCCAUGCCCAAUGUAA